GAGAGAGAGAGAGAGAGAGCAGCUCUUCAUGAAGUCUGUCCACCAGCAGCACACAGAUAAAGCAGAAUGAUCCUCAUCUGUGAUCAUAAACUUCUCAUAUUUAACCUGCUGCUCAUCAUGUCAGUGGUGGCAUGUGAGAUGAAGAUCUUGACUUUCACUGCUUAUGAAGGAGGAAAAGUUGAAAUACGGUGUCCCUAUGAGUCUGAAUAUGAAACACAUAAGAAAUAUCUCUGCAGAGGAAAAUGUCCAAUACACAAUAAAGACAUUCCUGUUGAAUCUGGAUCUGCUAAAGACGAGAGAUUCUCUCUGACCGAUAACACAACGGCCCUCAGCUUCACCAUCACCAUCACUGAUCUGAGAUCAGAGGAUAAAGGACAAUACUGGUGUGCUGUGAAGAGGACAGGAUAUGAUGUCUUUACAGAGAUUAUUCUGGAAAUUAAACAUGUCACAUCAGAGAGGAAGUCACCUGAACCAACCACAACAGCUUCAGAUCACUCGACUGAACCAGCGGCUAUCACUUCAUUAUCACCACAGUUACAACGAGGUUUUACAGCAAUCAUCAUUAUGCCGCUGGUCAUGGGGAUACUGAUGGUGUUUGGACUCUCAUCGUUUAUUUAUUUCAGACUGAGUCAAAGGAAAGAAGUAGUGCAGUCGAGAGAUGUCGUUCAUGUGUCGGCUGAAAACCUGCUUACUGAAGAAGCCACUCAUACUGUCUGUCAUUAUGAAGAGAUCUUUCGCACUAAUAAUCAUGCUGGCUUCAGUUUGGGCCUUCCUGUGUUUGGUGAACAUGACGCCUCUGACACUCUCAGCUGUUCAACGGUCUUGUUUCAAACUACAGAUCAUUCAGACAGGACUUCAGCACGACAGGAACUAUAUGCAACUGUUAGUCCAUGACCAUGUAAAGCUGAGUGACACUGUUUAGUUACAUAUCUGAAUCUGAUGAAAAAAUGUUCAAUUAAA